AUGGUAGUAAAAGUCGUUUCGUUUCGCGAGCAGACGGUUUUGAUUCCGACCAAACGAGGGCAGGGCGUCAGAAACAGCGGACCGCAGGAAAGAGAAACAGCAGAGACUGCGUCCCUACGUCUCCACACUCCGGCACACACAUGCACACGCAUCCGCCCUGACCAUACUACCGACCUCCUUUUUCUGUCGAAGACGGCGGUCAGAAGGUGGAAAUGCGAGAACUAUGGCAGCUUUAGCUUCCUCCGUUCUCCGCUAAAGGGUCUGUUCGCUGUUGCGAGGAGACGCACGGGAGGCAGAAACCGUCAAGAUUAA